AUGUCUGAUGAGGAAUUAGAUACAUCAGUUGCAUCAACAUCGACUAAUAAUAUGCAUCCAGUAUUUAAUCAGUCAACAGAAAAUGCAUCUAUACUUAUUGUAAAUAAACGACAAAAAGGUUUAAUUUGGAAGUUUUUCACACUUGGUGACAAAGAUGAGUCUGGUGUUGAAAGAGGUAAAUGUUUAGAAUGUGGAGUGCAAAUAAAAAGGAAAUGUAGUCAAACUAAAUCUAUGAUAAAUCAUCUAAAAAUACAUAAAAAAAUAUUUGAAAAGUUUAAUGAUAUGAGUGACUUAAUAAAAACUGAAAAUGCUUCUAAAAAAAUUAAAAUGUCUCAACACUCUCAACCGACAAUGCCACAAAUUAUAAGCCUAACUCAAGCAUGGGCAAAAACAAAUCCAAAUGUAAAGGCACUUAAUAAUAGUGUAUCAAGGUUUAUCAUUCAAGGUUGCCAUGCUUAUUCUAUUGUCCAAGAGCCUGCAUUUUUAGAACUUAUGAGAAAAGCUGAACCAAGGUAUACUGUUCCAUCAAGGCAAUAUUUUUCUCAAAAUCAUAUUCCAAACGCUUUUGAAAAAGCUGUUAAUCAUGUUAGAAGUAUCAUUACUAAUGAAUGUAAAAGUGUUAGAUCUUUGUCAUUUACAACAGAUGGGUGGACUUCUCGUUCAAAUGAAAGUUACAUAUCUUUAACAGUCCAUUAUGUCACAGAAGAAUGGAAACUUCGUCACAUUACACUAAAUCUCGAACAUUCCAAAGAUCAACAUACUGCAACUAAUCUAAACAAUCUUAUAGUAAGAUUAAUUGAAAAAUGGUCAUUUUGUAAAGAUAUACCUAUGUAUUUUAUAACUGACAAUGCGCCGAACCUUGUAGCAGCAUUAAAAAAAGUUCCUGAUGGAUAUACCUGGCAACAUUUAAGAUGCGUAGCACACUCAUUGCAAUUAGCAAUAGUCGAUGCCAAAAAAAGUACAUCUAACUUAGAAGCACUUUUAAUAGCUUGUAGGUCCAUUGUUGGCCAUUAUAAGCGAAGUUCGACUGCUAAGGCAAGGCUUUUUGAACUUCAAAAAAAAGAAAAUAUAUCUCCACCAUUGAUGCUAAUCCAAGAUGUUAAGACUCGUUGGAACUCAGAAUAUUUAAUGCUUCAGCGCAUUUAUGAAUUAAAAAAAUUUAUUUCUGCUGAUUUAAUUGAGUCUAAUAGCAAAAUUGAUAAUCUAACAAGGGAUCAAUAUUCAACAAUUGAAGGUUUGUUGUGCGUACUACAACCAUUAUACAAGGCUACAAAUGAUUUAUGUAGCUCUUCAUUCCCUACAGCAUCGAGCAUUAUUUUUUAUUUACAUUAUAUUAUUGAAACCUUAAGAGAUCUAGAGCAAAAUAAUUCAAAUGUAAAGGUUCGCACAUUUGCAUCUAAAGUCAGCACUGGUAUAACGUCACAUUUUCCCUCAUUUAAAGAUAACUCAACUUUAUUAUUUUGUAUGGUAGUCGAUCCACGAUUAAAAGCAUCUUUUUUAAAUGAACAUCAGGUCCAAAAUUUGAAAAUCGCUAUGAAAAAUGAAAUUAUUAAAUAUCAGUUACCAUUAGAACCAACUCAACCAAUAAAUAUAAAUACUAUUCCUGAAGUAAAUACUGAUGGAAAUGACAUGUGGUCAAUGGUUGAGGAAUGGAAUCCCAAGGAACCAAAAAAAACCAAUAGUUUAAAAUUUUGGAAGGAUGUGGGUCAAAUAAAAUAUCCACAUAUUAAAUGCCUUGCUCUUCAACACCUAGCAAUACCAGCCACUCAAGUUACCAGUGAGAGAUUAUUUUCAACGGCUGGCCAAAUUGUCUCAGAUAGAAGGACAUUGCUCUUACCUGAACAUGUAGAACAAUUGUUAUUUUUAAAAGAUUACUAUAAAUUUAUAUUGGAAAUGGAAGAAAUAGAAGACAACUCAAAACCAGACGAUUAA